AUGCCUGUGGUGCCAGUGGGCGGGGCAUCCUCCUCCCAUCACGUUGUACCUGUCGCCCUCACCUGCUCCUGGCUGCUCCUGCUCUUCCAUGCUGCCUUCGGUCAGAAACCUGCCAAGCUGCCUCUGAUUGGCCGGAAGCCCUUCAUCGCUGCCUGGAAUGCCCCACUGGACAUGUGCACUAUCAAGUACAAUGUCACUGCCAACCUUGACCGCCUCUUUAACAUCCACGGGAGUCCACGUGCUGAUUGGACGGGCCAGAACGUCACCAUCUUCUAUGCCAAUCGGUUGGGAUACUACCCCUACUACACUCCACAGGGCAGUGCCAUGCAUGGAGGCCUGCCACAGAACUGCAGCCUUGACCUGCACCUGCUCAAAGCCUACCAGGACAUCAACCACUUCAUCCCUGCAGAGGACUUCCGGGGCCUGGCCGUCAUCGACUGGGAGUUCUGGCGACCUCAGUGGAGCCGUAACUGGCACAAGAAGGACAUUUACCGUCGUAAGUCGAGAGAGCUGACCAUGAAGGCGUACAUCAAUGUGACAGCAGCGCAGGUGGAGGAGCUGGCACGGCGGCGGUUUGAGAAAAGUGCCAAGGCAUUCAUGCAGAGGACUAUCCAGUUGGGGACACGCCUCCGCCCCAACGCCCUCUGGGGUUUCUACCUCUACCCUGACUGCCACAACUACAACCUGCAUGAGCAGAACUACACAGGCUUUUGCCCCCUGCUGGAGAGGCUGAGGAACGACGAGCUGCUGUGGCUUUGGAACAGCAGCACAGCUCUUUUUCCCUCUGUGGCCAUCAGGAAAAGUCACACUGACAGCAUCAGCAACCUGCACUUCGCCCAGCACAGGAUUCGAGAGUCACUCCGCAUCGCCUCACUGACCUCAAAGGAAUAUGACCUUCCCACCUACGUGUACCUGAGGUUGGGCUACCGAGACGAGGCCCUGGCCUUCCUCACCACAAAAGACUUGAUCCACACCAUUGGAGAGAGUGCUGCUCUGGGAGCUGCAGGAUUUGUCAUCUGGGGGGACCUGAAUCUGACCUCAUCCAGGCAUAACUGCACCAUGGUGAAGUCCUUCCUGAGCCACCGCCUGGGUCAGUACAUCACCAACGUGACGCGUGCUGCCGAAAUCUGCAGCGACUCCAUGUGCCAAGGGAACGGCCGCUGCGUCCGCCGGGACCCCCGUAGCCCCCAUUACCUCCACCUGAGCCCUGACACCUACCACAUCCAUCCCUCCGGGGACGGAGAUUUUACGGUCACUGGGUGGCACUCGCAGCAUGAACUCCAGCUGCUGACUGAGAGGUUUCGCUGCCAUUGUUAUGAAGGCCACGAGGGCGAAAGCUGCGACAGCAUCAACAAAGUGAGGGAGGACGAAGGGCCUUGGAAGAAGGAGAAGGACGAGCAAGAGAAGAAGAGGACAAUGUGGGAGGGCGAGCAGGGUGAGCGGUCGGAGGGAAGAGAGAACAUAGCACCACCGACUGGCUGUAGCCGCCACCUGUUGUUGUUGAUGCUCCUGUUGAACUUAUCGCUAGUAAAGAUGGUUGUAUGAUGAAACCUUAAAGAUUAAUCGACUUAAACACAUCUGCAAAAGAAUGUUGCUUUUCAACACAUGGUCAGUUUGUUUUAUUCCAGAGAAAUCUUUGACUCAGUUUGAAUGGCAGACACUACUGGUGUGUUACGUUGUAAUCCCGGUCAACCUUAAACCAACACUGCGAAACGUUUGUCUCCCCCUACUGGCAGUUAUUACACAAUUGCUGUCAACGUGCUUAUGAUUUCUGUCAUUGUCGUUGAAUGCUUUCUUUUAAUCCGUCCUCUAAUAUGGUGAGAUUUGUUUUAAUUUGGACCAUCAGAACCUUUUCUGCUUUGCUUCCAAAGUUUUUUUGUUGUUGUUGUUGUUGCAGGACUGUCGUGACAGACACCCAAUUUAAAACUUGGGUAUACUGUAAAAUACACCAGACGCUAUAGGCUAAAUGAACACUGUGUGAACUUGAUCAGCUUGAAUGUAAUGAACGUUGAUUUAUGUUAAAGUCAUGGACUCCAGCUUUAGGAUAACUGCUUUUACAGUAACCGCUACAGCUAGCAUGAACACAGUCCCAGUAAAAAGUGAAGAAGAAAUAAAGCCAGUUCAGUGUGAAUAUAGGGCUAUAAUAUUCUAAUAACUAGUUAUUAAGAUGUAGAGUAACAUCAACUGUUCAUGUUUAGUUGUUUAUGUAAUUCUAUGAACUACAUUUUCACAGAACUCCAAAGAGAUUAAUUUUGCAAUAACAAACACUGAAGCACAUUGCUUAAGUUUUUGAAAAGAUUUUUUUGUUUGUUUUUUUUCCCCACAGGGAAUUAAUCAUUCUAGAAAUUAUAAGUAUUUCUGGGCCCAGAAACAGUUUGGCAUAAAACCCCACCAAAUUAUUCCCUUGCACUCCGUUUUUUAAACUUUGAAUUGAACAAACACAACACAAAGUAAUAGUUUUAAAAAACUUAACAAAGGCUGGCUGGUAGAUUGUUUUACUUAUGGACAAAAGCAGGUUAUUUGUUUUCCCUUAAUCUCAUGUCAUGGUGCUGAGUUAAGCUAGUUGACUGCUUGGAGUAUCCUGAUGUUUAAGCAUGUGGCAUCUUGUCUUCUAACUCUCAUCAGGACCACAAAUAAUUGUAUUUCCCAAACUGUUCCUGUAACAUCCAGUAGAGGUCACUGCUGAUCGGAAGAAAGACAUCUUGGUGUUUCAUGAGAAACCCAAACAAGCCAUUUUUUUCCUGACAGCUGCUGUGUUGAAAAGUAACAAAUGUGUGUAAAAAAAAAAAGAAAGA